CUAACUGCCAUGAACUGUUUAUCAGCUGAUUAUUAGUCUUAUUGUAUAUUCUAAUCUGUUGUCAGCUGCUCUGCUGUUGAGUGUGCAACAGUCAUACUUUGUACAUGCAAAACUUCUAGUAUUUUAAACUACUAUUUGUGAAUAAAUUUAAUAAAGUAUACAUAUCAAACAUGUCUUCUGGAAUCAUUAGAAAAGUGAUUUUUGCAAGUAAAGGACCUAAGCCAGUUGGACCUUACAGUCAGGCGGUGCAGGCUGGACAGACUGUGUAUGUCUCGGGAGUUUUGGGUCUCAACUGUGAGACCAUGAAACUGGUGGAGGGAGGGGCAGUGAAGGAGGCGGAGCAAGCGCUGCAGAAUCUUGGCCACAUUCUGACAGCAGCAGAUUCUGACUACAGCAAAGUUGUAAAGAACACUGUAUUCCUGGAUAACAUUGAAGACUUCGCGGCUGUAAAUGAAGUGUACAAAAAGUAUUUCAAAGAACCAUUCCCUGCCAGAUCUUGCUUCCAAGUUGCUAAACUACCACUGGGAGCCAAGGUGGAGAUAGAGACUGUAGCCUUGUCUGGAACUGUGACGGAUGUCAAAUCCUGACUGGAUAGGAAACACAAAGACAUUGGAAAAAUCAAAUCAGCUCUCUGAAUUCAAACCACUUUAUUAAUUUACAAACAACUGUUGAAAAUAUAUUACAAAAACUA